GUCGCGCCGCAACAAACGCUGCAACAUUCCCUCAACACUUGACACGUCGCCAUUCCACUCCCUACCAUUUGUAUCGUCGCGGCGGAAAGUCCUCUACGAGCAAGCAAGCUUUACAUCAACAAAGAAAGGGAGUCGAUUGAUCCCCAGAACUCCCGAAGCACUACUCGCCGCACUCACACGACCUCACAUCACAUCACCGAACCGAACCGAAACCCGCGAACUCGAUCCACCCACGCCCGCGCCCGCGCCUUAAGAAACUGUCCAGAGCAAGAGCGUUGAUCGCCAAACCCCCGCCCCGCCGCCAAAAUGUUCUUCUUCUUCACCUGCGGCACACACACCUUCUCGUCGCCGCUCAAAGGCGCCGAGGGCCUGACAGUGCAGUGUCAAAACUGCGGCAACUGGUCCGGCCGCGUGAUGAAGCGCUGGGAAUGGUUCACAUUCUGCUUCGUCCCCAUCAUCCCCUUCAGCCUGAAGCCGUACAAGGAAGUCGGCUGCCACAUCUGCAACUUCUGGCAGGACAUCAAGUACCGGCCGGACGUGCUGCAGCAGAUGGAAGGCGGAGCUGCAGCUGGAGGCGGAGGCGGAGGCGGAGGCGGACAGCAGGGGUAUAAUAUGGCGGGUGGUGCUGCUGGGCACGGUGGCGCGGGGUAUGGACCGCCGCCGGCGGGCGUGCCGCAGCAGUACAAGUAGGUCGGUGAUGAAGAAGGGAACGGGGAGGAGGAUACGUGGAUGCAGAUGCGGAGGAUAAUGGGCGUUUUGGGGCAGCGGGGUUGUUAAGGGAGCUGUGGCUGUCGUACGUAGCGACACAAGGACGGUGUAGUGUCGCGCAAUUACAAGAGCGAGGCGCAAGGGCAGGGCAGGGAAAGUCUCCUAGGAUGGUCCUCUUAGAUCCCAUGAGCGGGAAGGGAAGCAUAAUGCGGCGUUUUUUCGGGAAACACCCUACAGAUACCACGUUCUCAUC